GAGCUUGAAGGAGGCAGGAGUGAAGGGAGAGAGAAAGCUGUUUGCAUCUUCACUACUCAACAUGAUAUACGAACCCAGAAGUAACAGGAUCAGUUGAAGAGUGGCAUCAUCGAGCUACAGGGAUUUGAAAAGUAGCUGUUGGACAUCUGGCUUCCUCUUUCCUCGUUGGACCUCGAAUUUCAGUGGGGGGUUUUUUCCCUUUUUUUUUUUUGAAGAUAAUAAUGAAGACACUUUCAGGGACCUAAAUGUUCAGUUGCUUUAGGGACACAUAUUAACGUCUGCUUCACCUGGAGUUCAAAAAAGAAAACGCACAAAUCAAAAUAUCCAUAUUUAUGGCACACACUGCUAGGAUGUGGACUUGUGUGACAAAUUUCUUCACCUAUGAAACCACGAAGGCGGUGGUCGUGAAGAGCUGGACCAUCGGCAUUAUCAACCGUGUUGUUCAACUUCUCAUCAUCACGUACUUCAUCGGGUGGGUGUUUCUCUAUGAGAAGGCCUAUCAGGUGAGAGACACGGCCAUCGAAUCCUCAGUGAUGACCAAGGUCAAAGGUUUUGGGAUCUACAACAACAAGGUCAUGGAUGUCGCCGACUACGUCACUCCUACACAAGGAGCCUCAGUCUUCUGCAUUAUCACCAAACUGAUUACUACAGAGAACCAAGUCCAAGGAUACUGUCCUGAGAGUGAGAAGAAGUAUGUUUGUACCCAUGACAACAACUGUGUGAAGAGCCGCAACAAGCCAGGAAGUUAUGGAAUUCUGACAGGGAAGUGUGUUCCUUUCAACACCACCAUCAAGAUGUGUGAGAUUAAAGGGUGGUGUCCUGCUGAGAUCGACACCAUCAAGACGACGCCAAUGAUGGAAGUGGAGAAUUUCACCAUCUUCAUUAAGAACAGCAUUCGAUUUCCAUACUUCAACUACACCAAAGGGAACUUCCUUCCUAACAUCACUGCUAACUACAUCAAAAACUGUAGCUUUGACAUGGACGAAAACAUCUACUGCCCCAUCUUCAGAGUGGGAGACGUUGUCCGCUACGCCCAGCAGAACUUCACCAAACUGGCUCACCAGGGAGGAGUGAUUGGAAUAAAGAUUGGCUGGAUGUGUGAUCUGGACAAGGCGGAUGAUCAGUGUAACCCCUCGUACUCGUUCACCCGACUGGACGCCAUGUCACAGAAGAACGCUGUCUCUCCAGGCUACAAUUUCAGGUUUGCCAAAUACUUUAAGAUGGAAAAUGGAACGGAUUAUCGCACUCUGGUCAAAGCCUACGCUAUUAGGUUUGACGUUCUGGUCAAUGGAAACGCUGGAAAGUUUGACAUGAUCCCUACACUCAUUAACAUGGUGGCAGCCUUCACAUCAGUGGGAGUCGGUACAGUGCUGUGUGACAUCAUACUGCUGAACUUCCUGAAAGGUGCAGAGCAAUACAAGGCCAAGAAGUUUGAAGAGGUGUCGGACAGCCCAAUGGAACUACAGAGCAAGGGGUUGUAUCGCUCCCAGCUGUCGCUCAGACAAACCAUGAUGAGGUCCAGCGACUCUGGGGCAUUUUCUAUUGAACACUACAGCUGAAUGAACAGGGAUUGGACCCUCUGGAGGACCACUUUUGGACCACGGGCCUCAUGUUGGACACCUCUGGUUUACAUGGUCGUCUUCAGUAGCUCUUUUGCAUCUUCUACUCUGAUGCAUUUACUCCAUAAUCGAGAUGGAUUCUGGUUUGAUUUGAUAAAGCAUAGCCCACAGUAGUAUCCUAACUCUGAAUUUUCUAAGAUGGAAUCAUUGAAACUUCUGUUUUUGUAAUAAAAACACAAUCAUGCAUUUUGGUUCUUCCCUAAAUUUAUUACAGGCCUUCUGUGUCAAAAUCUGCUGGGUCAAAAAUAAAGCUUCUGAUUGUAUAUUUGUAUUAGUGCGGGUAAAAGAGAAUGUGGAAAACAAGUAUGACAGGUAUGACAUGAUGAGUAUAACUAUGACUUAAUACAUGUAUGAUGUAAUGAUUUAAAUGUGUAUGUGUACACAUAUGACAUUAUAAAUGUCCAUGUGGAUAUGUGCAUUUCUUUUGUUUGCCAAAAAUGUUAUUGAGGGAAAAGAUCUUUGUUAAUUUGACGUUAUUACACAUAAAAAUACAGUGUUGUGUA